AUGAUAGAUAUAAAAUUUGAGAUUAAUCAUCCUGGCAUACUUUUGACUAUUGCAGGCGAACCAAGUCUAUGCUAUGUCCAUGAAAAUGAUGGCAUUUGUGAGCCGUUUGAGGAAAGGAACAGCAUUGUGGAUUGCGGUCUCUUCACCCCAAAAGAUUAUGUGGAUCAGUGGGCAUCAGAUGCCUAUGCGUCCCACCAAGAUGAGAAAACAUGUCCAGUCUCUAUGGUGAUUGGAGAACCUCUCGUGAAGGUGUGCAGGCCCCAUCAUCAAGAGACCCUGGAGAGUGAAUCACAGCUGGCGUGGUUUCCUUGUAUGAAAAAUGAUGUUCUUCAGGAUACAGACAUGGAGAAAGCACAUUUGAAUGACAGGAUUUGGCUGAAAGUGUGUUUCAGCCAACCCAGAAUGGCUACUUCACUCUUUGUUUUCCUGGCAACUGUGGGCACUUCCAAUGGGGACCAUCUCAAACCAUCCAUGACAAUACACUUGGGUGACAUCAAUGGUCACAGCCAUUUCCUUG